CUGCUGCUCGUCUGGCUGACUGGCUGCGUUGACGUCAGCGCCGUGUUGAUUUGCGAAGGCGAGAGAAGAAAGGAGUUAGUGCGUGUUGAGAGAGCGGGUACUGCGAACUGCCUUACUAUGCUGUAGCCCCACUCCCCCUACACUAUACGGAAUCAAAACGUGCAACUUAGGUUUCAUCUUGUUUACAAAGAUAGCUAAAAACACUGCUGAGCGGAAGGCGAGCCUCAUGAGUCGGCCUCGUGGAUUGCAUCGACAUUAUGGAUUUAACUAAAAUGGGUAUGAUCCAGCUCCAGAACCCCAACCACCCCACUGCCCUGCUGCAGAAGGCCAACCAGAUGCGUCUUGCCGGGACUCUGUGUGAUGUGGUCAUCAUGGUGGACAGCCAGGAGUUCCACGCUCACCGGACUGUGCUCGCCUGCACAAGCAAAAUGUUUGAGAUCCUCUUCCACCGCAGCAGCCAGCAUUACACCCUGGACUUUCUUUCACCAAAGACUUUUCAGCAGAUUUUGGAGUAUGCUUACACUGCCACGCUCCAGGCCAAGGUGGAGGAUUUAGAUGACCUUCUGUAUGCAGCAGAGAUCCUGGAGAUUGAAUACCUGGAAGAGCAAUGCCUCAAGAUCCUGGAAACCAUCCAGUCCUCAGAUGAGAACGACGUGGAGGUGAAUGUUAACGACGGGAGCACAGAGGAGGAUGAUGAGCGCAAAGGCCACAAUGGAGCCAAGAACUCCAAAAAGCAUUCCAUGGAGAGCCCCUGUCUGUCAGGUACCCAGCAAGCCGCCAUCAUGGCUGGCAUGGUGGACCAGAGUCCCUCGGUCUCCACUUCCUUCGGUGUCUCCACCCUGAGUCCCACCAAAGCUGCUGUGGACAGCUUGAUGAGCAUCGGCCAGUCUCUGCUCCAGCAGGGCUACGGCGGUGAACAUCUCAUCCACGGCAACUCCCACCACAUGAUGACUGAGAUCAAGACAGAAAUGAUGCAAGUGGACAUGGGUGGCAAUGGACAUGACAGCCCUUCAAACAUGGAGUCCAGCGCCUCCAGCAAUGGAGAGCGAAGUGGGGAGGACAGGAACAGAGAUGGUCCGGGAACACCAACCAGGAGCAGCGUAAUCACCAGUGCCCGUGAGCUACAUUACGUCCGCGACGAAGGCAUGGGCGACCCUCAAGCUGAUGUCAGCCAGAUGGGGCUGGAAGCAAUGGCUGGAAUGACGGAGAAACAUCUGGCCUCGCUCUACUCCCUACCUGUCAAUCAUAAAUCAGAUGCCAUCAUGUCCAUGCCAGCAUCCAUGGCCUCCGCUCUCCCCAUGUCCCCUGCCCUGGCAAUGUCUAUGGACUUCAGUGCUUACGGGGGACUCCUGCCUCAGAGCUUCAUCCAGAGAGAGUUCUUCAGCAAACUCGGGGAGCUGGCGGUGGGCAUGAAACCAGACGGCAGGAACCAGCAUGAACGUUGCAAUGUUUGCGGUGCAGAACUACCAGAUAACGAAGCUGUGGAGCAGCACAGGAAGAUGCACAGUGGAAUGAAGACCUACGGCUGUGAGCUGUGUGGAAAGAGCUUCCUGGACAGUCUCCGUCUACGGAUGCAUUUGCUGUCUCAUUCAGCUGGUGAGAAGGCCAUAGUUUGUGACCAGUGCGGUGCCCAGUUCCAGACAGAGGAAUCCCUGGAGGCUCAUCGGCAGAUCCACACCGGCUCGGACAUGGCCAUCUUUUGCCUGCUUUGUGGGAAGCGUUUCCAGACCCAGACAGCACUGCAGCAGCACAUGGAAGUCCACGCCGGCGUUCGCAGCUACAUAUGCAGUGAAUGCAACCGGACUUUCCCCAGCCAUACUGCACUCAAACGUCACCUACGCUCACACACAGCAGGGGACCAUCCAUUUGAGUGCGAGUUCUGCGGGAGCUGCUUCCGAGAUGAGAGCACGCUGAAGGGCCACAAACGUAUCCACACCGGGGAGAAGCCCUAUGAAUGUAACGGCUGUGGGAAGAAGUUCAGCCUCAAGCACCAGCUGGAAACCCACUACCGUGUGCACACAGGUGAGAAGCCAUUCGAGUGCAAGCUGUGCCACCAGCGAUCCAGGGACUACUCGGCCAUGAUCAAGCACCUGCGUACCCACAACGGCGCCUCGCCCUACCAAUGCACCAUCUGCCUGGAGUACUGCCCCAGCCUGUCAGCCAUGCAGAAGCACAUGAAAGGCCACAAGCCCGAAGACAUCCCCCCAGACUGGCGCAUAGAGAAGACCUACCUGUACCUCUGCUAUGUCUGAGGCCGGGAGAGCGAAUGAAGAGCAGGAGGGUACGUGAGAGGGUGGGGGUGGAGUUGAGAGGUAGGUGGAAUGUAAUUGAGCGGAUAGGAGGCAGUGGUGGAGUGUUGACGAUGUAGGAACGUCAACUGCAAGAGACUCGAAAGCAAAAGGGUUUGUUUUCUCUUUUUACUUUUCAUGCAAAAGGCGGCGACCGACGGGGUUCAAGGGUGGUGAUUGUGGGACAAAAGUGCUAAGGAGAGAAAGACUUGGACACGGAGAGAGAUUCUCCACCAUAGUUCGGAUUCACCGGGUCAUUCACUACAUCUGCAACUGUGUUAUUGUUUCAGGUCAUUUCAUGCAGCACCACAAAGCGAGAGAGCUGCAAGGAAACGACUUUUUGGAUGCUGCUGCGACUGAGAAAGCAGAUUCUCAAGGGCUAUCUGAACCUGCACAUCCUUGCCAUCACUCCAUUUUGAGUUUUUGUAUCUCCAAACGGGGAAUUUUUUGUUAGUUUGUUUUUCUUUGGUUUGUUCACAUUCGCCCUUCUUAGCCAUACUAGUUUGGAUUAUAUGAAUAAUAUGUAAAUAUCAGCAUCAGUUCUUCAUGACAUGGUUUGCUUUUUCAAGUAUUGGCAACUUUUGGCUUUUAGAAGCCAGAAGCCCUCUCCUCAUGUUAGGGUGUUUUUUGCCACAACAGAGUUAUUUUUUAAGGAGGACUGAGACAUGUUUUCCAAGAGUUUCAUCUCUUCAAACAAGCAGAAUUAAACGCUCCAGAGUUUGAAUGAAUCGCUUUAGGUGAGCAAACCCUAAUCCUUUCCAUCCCUAAUGGGAGAUGUAUCUAUUUUGCAGCCUCGUGUCAUUUCUGCCUGUGCAGUAGACGCGGAUCUUCCAAGUUUUCUGCCAGUAUAACGUGUCCAUAACUGAGGUCCUUCAGGUCCCAGCUGUGGCAGUGAGAUAGCCCCUGAGAAUCCGCAGCGGAGCCUGUAGGCGUAUGCAGUAGAUGAAACAGUUGAACUGGAUGAAUGGGAGCACUAAAAUACUGCAAACCAAGCACCUGUUUGGUUGCUCUGGGGGGGAAGAUGCUAGUGCUGCUUUUUUCGUUGGAAGUCUCCCGAAUUUUCUCAGUAGUCUUCCUCGUUCUGCAUCUCUGUCAGAUGAGGGCUGGAGAAGGUCGAGUCACCACUGGCCACCCGUGGCUCUCCGCAGAGAGCCAACUUGUGUCACUUUUUUCAUUUUGUAUUUUUUUUAGCUCUGCAUCGUACAGCAGUUUAUCAUGGCUUGAUUGCACAGGUUAAAAGAAAUUACGACAACAGUCUCUGUUUGAUGUCUGCAAGUUAUAUAUUUUUUCAUUAAAUCAUAAUUCACUAUUACAGUACGCCACGUUAAACCCAGCAUAUCCACCUACUCAGCAAUAGAUAACUGGACUGCUUAUAUCCAUGUACAUUUAACCAGAUGACUAUCAUUAUCUCACACUAAUGAUGAACUACACAAACUGACACAGAAACAGGUAACACUUUGUAACACCACAACAGAUCUGUCCAUUCACCGCAGUGAUGGGACACAAAAUGGGAAAAGGCUGCUUUCCGUGGGAGUCCUGUGACUUCAACUGCUCAGUGUGAAUGUUGAAGAAUUGCUGGGAAUGCCUUAGCUGCACACCUUAAUGCUUGUCAAAGGUGGUGUGGCAGGUUGAAGACUGUUAUAUGGCAUCAAAAACAUGAAUGUGAAAGACUGUGAGCCAGGUUCUAACUGGGCUGUUGGCAAAAUGCAUAGCAGGUCAUUGCUGCCUUUUACUAGAAGUCAGAGACCUGUAAUUCCCACCUAGGAAGUAGUUAUUAAUCUUCAUGCCUUGGUUUAGAUUUUAUUCAUCCAACAUCAAUUAUAUAGGCAUUACAUAGGUAAUGCAGUGUUUACUUGUCCUUACUUUAAACUCUUCAGACUAAUAAAAAUACUUGUUAAACAGAGAAAUAUAACUUUACCCCCUUUUGAAUUUAACUUUCUCUCACUCACAGAAGACUGACAAGGCUUAAUUGCCUCAUCAAUUUAUUAUAAGACACACUUUUGUCAAACUCAACAGAAACAUAAGAAAACUCACCCAAACAAUCUUUGCUGUUCUUGCUAGUAAUCUAGUUAUUAAGUCCACUGUUCCAACAAUCACCAGCUCCAGUUUGGUCAAAAUAAAUCCUUACUUAAUAAAAACACAUCUACUGCUGCUGACUGCCAGCUCUUUACAGUUCCGUAACAUAUCCCUUCACCUAUAGGUGUCGCAGUGUCUCUCAGGUCAGCUGCCUGUUUCACUGUUCCUAAAUAGCUAAAGGUUAGUCACCACAGCCAGCCUACUUUGGGGCCUGAGGUCAGUGGGCAAAUCACUGAUUGCUUAAGAAUUACAGGAUUCUAAGACCGUCAUAUAGCUACAAGUGGUCCUGAUUGGCUAGCUACAUUUAUGCAGAUUUCAAAAAGGAAAUGCAUGCUUGUGAUUGGAGGAGAGUAUUACCUCUAGAGUCCUGCAGAGGGUGGAACCUGUAAGCGGCAAAACUGGGCAAAACAGGAGAGGGCCCCGAUCCAACAAGGACCUUUCUGUUUGAGACUUUGCAUCACUGGAGUCAACUGAAUAAAGGACCCAAAGGCAGUUCCUGCAUCAUCUGGGGGUCCUUUCGUGUGGUUAUAAAACAGAUAUUGUGUUUAAAUGACCACUUUUGCUAUGUUGAGAGAUAUGUAUAGCAUUUAUAGUUGAUGCUGCAACUCUGAAUAUUCUUGCCCCAAAAAAUCUGUGUACAACACAAACUGAAAGGCUCUUUUUGUUAAGAAGAAGGUGGGAAUUUCUGACUUUCUGAGGUCUGUGAAACGCAGCAUUAUACCUGCAUGAUUUGCGCAGCCGCAGGUAUUACGGUUGAACCUUUGGUUUUAAUGAGCAUCACUGCACGUCACAGCGUUACCGGGGUGAUCACAUAUCCAAAUGGCCGGUGGUAAAAAGGGGGAAAUCACUGAUAGGACGAGGCACUGCCCAGCAGCUUAGGGGGCGACCAUUAAGACGACAGAAUAAAUCAACUCUUUCUCUGUGGUUUUGUCCCUGCGCUUCGUCUCUCUCGUCUCCUGUUGUUGUUGUUGUUGUUAUUAUUGACCUUGAGUUUGAUCUCAACACAUCGUACUUGAAUUACCUCGUUUUGUGACCUCAUGUUGCUUGUGUAUUUUAAUUUUCCCUUUUGUUUUCAUUUGUUGUUUGUGUGUUCAUGAGUGUAUGUCGGAAAGAUGCAUUGCACGACGUGAUGAAGCAAUGCGUACGCAGAAAAAUUAAGUGCCACGGUGAAGAGAUUUUUUUGUUGUUGUUUUUCUAAUGUUGUGUAUUUCUUUGUGCAUUACUUGUUACCAAACUUGGUAUUAUUAACCCCGCUUGUUAAAGAGCCGGAAGGUUUGGUCAUUUGUUAUAAAAGCUACCUCUAAGUUGUUUUCAUUUUUUGGCAAAAGCACAUUUUUUUGUGUUUGUGUUUUGCAUUAUUUCAUCAUUGCUACUUCAUCUCAUGCUUUUUUUUUUUUUUCAAAAGUUGAUUUAUGAUUGUCUGUUUUUAAGCAAAAUGUAUAUAAAAGCGUAAGAGAUAACAAAAGUAGAGGUCGAUAGGAUUUGGAAAGUCAUUCAAAUGGACGUUUAUUCUUCUCUUAUAGUCUCCCCCUGCACCUCCAACCACAGAAGAGCAGAGACAAAAAAAGCAAUUUUGAAGCCUUAAGUGAUGAGUAAGAGGGAUGUGGCAGAUAAGAGGAAGUACUAUUGCUUUUUAAGAGGGUUUAAAAACAAGAAUUAAAACUUGAAAAUAUGUGAAUAGAAGUGUAGUUUUGUAAUGUGAAAAAAAAGAAGGUUCAUCAAAAAAAACGCUGAACCGCCCAGGACAGGUCAUAUUUGCAGUGAUGCAGAGUGCGUUGGACAAUUGGAACUGCAAGUGGUAAUCAAAAAAAAAAAAAAAAAAAGACAAACCAGAGGGUUAAAAAUAGAGAUUCUCUCGGCUGACAAGCUCUCUUGAGAAAUGAGCAUAUUCCUGAACAAGAGCCAACAGAGGCAAUUUGAUAUAUAAAAAUUGUGAUAUUUUUGUAUUCAGUGUCAGUCCUUUUUCCAUUUGUGGAGGGUUACAGCAGGGCACAAAUAUUUGUAUUUCUUUUUUUUUUUUUACCUGUUAUUUUUCUCUCUCUGGGUGUGAAUCAUUUUUGCCUUGCUCCUCUUUGAUAUUGUUGGACAAAAAAACAUGUGUGUGAACAUAUUGUAAUAAUAAGUGUUGCUUUCUGGAUGUCAAUUGCAUUGUAGGUGAAGGACUAAAUCUAUCCGCCACAAAUUUUACGAGUGUGUGUGUAUGUGACAAAGUAAAAAAGAAAAAAAAAAAGAAAGAAAAAAAGAUGAUAAAAUACGGGAUGGCAGAAGGGCGCUGCCAGACCGACCAAUUAGUACUUGUCAUUCACAAUUUUUCAAUCAAACUUGACUGUCGACAUGUCUUUUGUUUUUGUAUUUGAAAAAAAAAGAAGAAGGGAUGGCAUGUCCCGUGGUGUCUUGCCAUUUUAUUCUCAAACACUGUGAGUUGAGGGGCUUUUUCACCCUCAUAUAAUAUCCACCCACUAUAAUAUACCCAGUCACGGCUCAGUCUGAACCACCACAAUGCAAGACCUGAUCAGUCACAUUAUUCCUAUCAUCGUCCUCUGAAUGUUUUCUACUUUUUCGUGUGGGUGAAAGAGUGCGUCAAAGAGUGUGUAACUAUGUGUGUGCGUGUGUGUGUGUGUGUGUGUGUGAGUGUGUGUUUAUUAGUGGAAAAAUGCACUAAUCAGAUCAGAUACAAAAUAAAAUGAUACUCUAUGCCACUUUUUUUCUCUAUGUUGGAAAAAAAUAUAUAUAUACAUUGGCAUCGAUAUAGUUCUUCCCUCAGUGUUCCUCCGAUGUUUCUGUACUAUCUUUGUGCCUAAAAAUGGAAUUUGUUCAACAAAAAUAUCCAUCUAUAUCUGCUUAGUUUCCGUAUUUUCAGAAGAAAAUAAAAAUGGUGUCUCCAGCACCCUAGGGAUGUCAUGACGCUCGAAAUGACUUGAUUUUUUAAUUUUUUUUAAAAAUCCUGAAUAGAGCAGGGCUUCUUUUUCAAGGAUUGCAAUAAACCCUUAAUGCUAUUGAAAUAGCGACUGGGAUUCUGCAUUCUUUUCUUUACUUUGUGAUCGGCACCCAAAAGCAUUUAUUUAGCGACACAAAACAAAGCGUAGGCAAAAUUUACUGGAAUCCAGACAGGCAAGACUUGUAAAGACUGUCGGGACAAAAUCUGCUCCGUGAAAUUUGUUUUUCUGCAAGCGAAUUAAGCCCAAGUCUGCUCAGAUUGCCUGUUUUUUUUCCUCUCUUUUUUGUCAGCAACAGGUUUGCUGAUGAGAAAUUUAUAUUGCUCUUGAAAGAAUAAAAAGAAUAAAAACCUCCAUUUGGGUAGGUUGGCACUAGGGUAUUCCCCUUCUGCUUUGCUUCAGUUUUUUUUUAAGUACUUUUCCUUUUUACAAAAUGCAUUUAGAGGGGGAUGUUAAAAUUCAUCAGAGGGGAAUCAUGGCAUCCCUGGAGCUGGCACUCUGUGUUUUGGUGUGGUGUUUCUAGAACAAAGUAGCCAUUUCAUGCAGUGUUGCAAUGCAUGUGCCAUCGAGGUCUAGACUAAAAACUGUUUUGAGUAACAAAGCACCAAGACAUUGUAUUUUUUUAUAUUAGCACUGAGGACCAAUUGCCCUGUCGGACCAAGCAUAACAAAGCUUUUUAUGUAACAAAGCUUUUCUCUCUCUGUCUUUCCCUGGCUUGUCUGUGCUACUUCUCUCCUCCAUUGUUGUGACAGCACAAGUGCCAGUCAAGUUGCUCUGUAUUAAGAAAAUAGUGUUUUUAUUAUGAUUUGAAUUGUUAUAGUUUUUGUCUACCUCAGCACCUAAUCUUAGCCUAAUCUUAGAAGGUGCCCAAUUAUUAUUUUUUAUUUUCUUUAUUUUGUUCUCUUAUUGUUGUCAGUUGUAUGAUUUUUUGAAAAUUUGCAUUAGAGCUUUGCAAAGGUCCUUUGUCUUUUCCAGCGACAACGUGCUAUUUUUUUUCCGUGGCAGUACGUUUCCUGUUGAGCUGUGCCACCAAUCUAUAGCCACCGUCUGUUGAUAUAGAGGUUGUUCUUUUUUUGUUUCUUUCCAUGUAGAAUCAGACACCUCUCUUUGUAACAUUUCAGUGUUCUCUGAUGGAGUGUGAAAAAAAAAUAAAAAGGAAAAAUAAAAGA